CUGAUUAUAGUAUUUUCAUCUUUAUAGUAUAAGGCUACUAAUACUUCUUACCUACCUACAUAAACAACUCCAUAUUAGCCUAAGCAAGAAAUCCCUCAGUGGAAAAUGUCCGAGCAACCUUCUGUAACUAAUGUUGCUGAUGAACAACAUUCAGCUAGUGGAUCUGGCAGUAUCGGUGGUGAAGAGAAGGUGUAUGGAGGAUGUGAAGGUCCAGAUGCUAUGUAUGUGAAACUGGUAUCCUCUGAUGGACAUGAGUUCAUUGUGAAGAGGGAGCAUGCUCUUAUAUCAGGCACUAUUAAGGCUAUGCUCAGCGGACCGGGCCAGUUUGCUGAAAAUGAAGCUAACGAGGUCAACUUUAGAGAGAUACCAUCACACGUACUCCAAAAAGUCUGCAUGUACUUCACGUACAAGGUACGCUAUACCAACUCGUCUACAGAGAUACCAGAGUUUCCGAUCGCUCCCGAGAUCGCCCUCGAAGUGUUGAUGGCUGCCAACUUCCUCGACUGUUAAACGAUGAAUUCUAACAACGACAUUGCCUCAAUGCAAUGAGAGAUAAACCACAGAUAUGUCACACGAUGAAUUGGUAAUGUAAAUAGGUCUAGAGUUUAAACGGUAAAUAUAAAUUUUGCUCUCAAAUACUAUUGUAUUGUAUUACGUGAUGAUUUGUUUUGUGAAUGUGAUCUAGAUUUGUUAGUAAAGAUAUAAAUAAAAUCGAAACAUUAAACUGAUGAUAAAUGAUUUUAUUGAGAGAAACACAGUAUCAGAUAUUGUCGGAUGAAUGCUCUUGCCAAAGACAUAAAGUGCUAUUAUUAUAUAACU